UUAGAAAGUCUGAGAGCGGCCUCUUACUUUCUUUUCACCUCUGUGCACAUGUACAGUAGUUGCUCUGUAUACAAAGAGUUUAUAGGUUGUGUAAAUCUUUGAGUUCUGAGAGGGGAAACUUUGGAGAAGCAUCUGAAAUCUGGACAAAGAAACUCAUCUGUCCCCAUUGAUCGGUUCACAAUGAAGCCGGUGUUUGUCCUCCUUGUUUCCACUGCCUGGACUUUCACUGGAGCCCAGUAUUACUACCAAGGGCUGAUGGAUUAUCUGGACAAUAGGUUGUCGGCUAUUGAGGACCGCAUGCAAUUAUGGCAUGAACAAUCCCAUCGCUACCACACAGAGCUGUUGGAUUUCAAAAAGCUUACUGCUGAGGCCAUGGAAGGGCUGAGGAACGAGCACAGCGGGAUAUUCAAUGCACUGGAAGGAGCUGCGGUCCGAGUGGACCGAGUGGAGAGAGAGAUGGACUACGUGGAAUCCCAGACUUCCCCUCGAGCCUGUGCGAAUAAGGCAGACAAGGUGGUGGAGCAGGGAGCCUGGGGGUUGGAGGAAAGCAGAAGAAAGGACGAGGAGGAGGAAGAAGACUGGGAGGAGCUGCAGUCCAGCGUCUCUGACUGUGUGGAAAUCAUCUCUGGCAUCCGAUCAGUGAAGAUCUUAAAGAGAGUGGGCGGCCCCAAGGGCAUGUGGACCAAGGACCCCAGGUCGUCCAAGGUGUACGUCUUCAGCGGGACAUCAGGAGACAGCAUCUACCAGUUCAACUCUGUGCAAGACUUUUCCCGCUCUCCUGGCAUCAAUGGCAGCCGUCAGAUCUGGCUUCCCUCUGAGUGGAGCGGUCCUGGCAGCGCUGUCUAUAACGGCUAUUUGUACUACAUACAGCAGGAGGAUGAUACAGACGUGCAGGUGGUUAAAUAUGACCUGUUGACUGGCACGGUGACGGACGUCGCCAUGUUCCCUGUGGAGAGCCACGCUGCUGUUUACAACCUCAACCCAGAAACCGCUGCGGACCUCGCAGCAGACGACGAAGGCCUCUGGCUCUUGUACGCCACCAGCGACAGUGAACCCAACAUUAACCUCGCUAAGAUGGACCCCGCCACGCUCGAUAUAGAACAAAUCUGGGACACCCGGUGCCCACGGGAGAAUGCAGAGGCGGCUUUCGUCGUGUGCGGGACAGUCUAUGUCGUUUACAACACCCGUCAGGCCAGCCGGUCCCGAAUCCAGUGCCUGUUUGACGUCAACGACGUGGUGAUCAGCGAGGAGGCUCCCCUGAUUUACUUUCCCAGGAGGUACGGAGCCCACGCCAGUCUGAAAUACAACCCCGAGGAGAAGCAGCUCUACGGCUGGGACGAUGGUUACCAAAUCAUUUACAGACUGAGCAUGAAGAGGAAACUCCUGGUGUGACGGCAGGGGAGGGGAGUCAUGUUUUCAAAGGCUAUGAUAAAGAAAAGGAGAAGUGAAUUGAUACAUGCAAUGCUAAAGGUCUUCCAGUAGCCUGCAGACUCUUCAUUCAAGGUGGAUUUAAUGCAACCAUAACAUCACACAAAUGAAUAAGCCUUUGAACUAUUAUUUAUUAAUUUGAUUCUUUUCUUUUGCGUGUUAUAUACCGAAACAAACGUGAAAAUGUCAUUCAGUUUAUUAGAGGCUGUGAAGUCUUAUUGGUUUGUGGUGUUUUGUGUCCUUCCCUCAAUUAAUUUGACCGGUUUGAUUCGGACAGAAUCUCAUUUCCUUUGUCCCCCCUUCCUGCUGGUUAAGCCGCUGGCCGUGUUGUCAUUAUCUGCCGUGUUUUAUUCACACAGAACACAGACACAGUUUUGCAUCAGUAUUUUAAUCAAAGAAAAGAAAAUCAUAACACAUCACACCCCAUGGGAGAAAGAAAAACAACAAAACUCUUUUUCUGCCGUUGAUUUUUCAGACUUAUUGAAACAAAAACAAUUUGUGGCUGAAAUAAUGUUUCAGUUUACUUUAUUACACACCGGGUCAUAUUGAGAGUCUUGAUCUACGAACUCAUUCGUAUUCACUAACAACUCGUUGAUGUCAAUCACCAGAACAUUUCUAUCACUACAAAUACAAAAUGUUCAAUAAAAAAAUUGGAAAUUCAUUGCUAUCAUAACAGUUGGAAGGGAUACAAGAUCAUAUCAAGAAACAUUACAAUGUUAGGCAAAGCUAGAAGGUCUUGAAACAGUGGGGCGAUUGAUUUAACAGCUUUCUUCUACUAUGAAAAACACACCACGUUGUCCGAGAAAUACACGAGCGUCGUAAAGCACACGUUUAAA